AUGUGUGCUAGACACAUCGGCUUCAUUUUGCUUUUCACUCUUCUGUAUUCUGCAGUGAAGAUAUCCUCCAAGUUCGAGUUCACCAACAUCGACUGCCAAUCUUUGGAUAAAUCCUUUGCCGACUUUGAAUAUUGCUAUUUGAAAUCAGUCAAUCGGAGCUAUAAAUAUCUAUCAGCCAAAGCUAAGCUAUUUAAGACACCGAUCAAGAAAGUCCAUGCAAUGCUUUUCAAGCGAUACAGCGGCUAUAAGCCAUUUAUGUUUGAUGUGACACUGGACGUCUGCAGGUUCCUGAAUAAUACCAAGGCAAAUGCCCUGGGCUCGUACUUUUUGGAGUUCCUGAAGCCGUACUCCAACUUGAAUCACCCAUGUCCCUUUGAUCACGAUUUGAUUGUGGAGAAACUGGAUAUAAGAUUUGUAAAUCAUCAAGUCACAAAGGUCCUACCCUUCCCAGAAGGCGCCUAUCUACUAGAAACACACUGGAUUGCCUACGACAUCGAUCGAGCUGUGGUGAAAGUAUAUGGCACCCUAUCCUGAUCGAUUGUAAAUUACCAAGCUAGUAAACGUU